AAACAAGACUUCUGCGAAUGUCUGAUGGUGCCACCAACAUUGAAAAUAAAGUAAUGAUAAUCAUAUGUCCGUCUGGCCUCAGUGAGACGCCCACGCCCCGCCACCAAACGACAGACGAGUUUCAGUGUAGCGUACUCGCAUUCGCAGUCGCACUUGAAAAAGCGGCAAAGAAACAAAUUAAAAGCUCGCACCUGUGGAGUGGGGAGCGAGUAUCGUAAAUAGUUACUUUUCUCCGUAGCGUACUCUCAGUCGAAUCGCGCGCUUCGGUAAUGAACGUAACCCACCGAGAAUCCGGUCGAGAACGCUCCGCGGCGAUGAUGCAUUAGCUCAUAUAGUUGGUGACACUACACCUGACGACGUUCUAGAGCGAGAUCGCGUUAUAUGUAUAUAGCAAGUCAGUGAGAGUGAAAGGGUGGCAAGAUAGCGGGCGGGCAGGAAGUGGAGCUCAUAGCCCAAUAACCCCCCUCCAAAAAAAAAAAAAAAAAUCAGUGAUUUCGAUACAUGUGAUUGCGAACAAACAGCAAACGUACAAAAUGCAAAACAUGUGGAUCAUUUUCCUGAUCAUCGGACUAGUAGUGCUCGGGCUGCUGGCUCUGCUAAUUAUAGCGGCGCGGUAUCAACGCGAUUACUGGCGCUAUCUGAACAUUCCGCACGAGAGGCCGAAAAAGCUAUGGCCAAUCAUUAGGCAAAUAAUGACGCAGACACUGAGUACGGAGGCAAUGAAAGCGAAUCACUACUCGGCCAUAUACAGAAAGUUCAAGGGAAGCGGUCCGUUCUGCGGCUUCUAUGCUCUCCUGCAGCCCAGGGCCUUGAUCCUGGAUCGUGAGUUGAUCCGACAGAUUAUGAUCAAGGACUUUUGGAAUUUCAACGAUCGCGGGCUGUACUGCAAUCAGAAAUCGGAUCCGUUGUCGGGGGAUUUGUAUGCCUUGCGAGGCGAGUGCUGGAAAGAGAUGCGUCGGAAGUUGGAUCCCAGCUUGGAGGGGGAUCGCAUGUCCUGGUUAUAUGGCUGCCUCUAUGGGGAGGCGGCAGAGCUGCUCCUCAACGUCAAUUCCACCCUGAUGAGUCAACCGCACUCCACGCUGCACAUCCAGAAGAUCAUGCGGCGUUAUGUCCUCUCGGCUUUGGCCAAAUGCGUUUUUGGCUUGGAUGCCCAGCAGAGGUUGACCUAUCCCCUGGAUGACUUUGAGCAGAUGACGGAGAUGGCCUUGAAUAGCCAUAAACAUGGCUACCUCAUGAACCUGAUGAUGAUACGCUUUCCGAACUUUUGCCGACUGCUGCGCAUGCGUCGUACGCCCAAACAGGCGGAGGAUUAUUUUAUAAACUUGCUUACGAAAAUAGUGGAACAGCGUGAAACUUCCGGUGUGCGUCAGCAGGACUAUCUGCAGCUGCUAAUCGAGGUCAAGGCACUGGAGCUGAUCACCCAUCAGUAUGAAUCGGAUAAAGAGUUGGCUUUCCAUCUGCAAAACGAACUGGCCGCCCAUGCAGUUGUCUUUUUGAAGGCGGGAUACGAACAAACGGCUAACACACUGUCAUAUGUACUUUAUGAACUUUCCUUACAUCCUGAACUGCAAACCCGAGUGAGAGAGGAGAUCAUGAAGGCCAUUGAGCGGCACGAGGGCAACAUAAGCUAUGAAUGCAUUCAGUCCCUGACUUUUAUGGGUCAGGUUAUCAACGAAACCCUGCGAAUGCAUCCCAUAACACCCUACAUUCUGCGACGCACCCUAAACGAUUACGCAGUGCCGGAUCAUCCCAAGUAUAUACUGGUGAAGGAGCUAUUUCUGAUUAUUCCAUCGCAUGCCAUCCAUCACGAUCCGGACAUCUAUCCCGAACCCGAUGAGUUCAGGCCAGAUCGAUGGGGUGGACCGAGGGAUUCGCUGCAGGAGCAGGGCACCUGGUUCGGAUUCGGAGUGGGUGCUCGCAGCUGCAUUGGCAUACAGUUUGCACAGCUGCAACUGCGACUGGCUUUGGCCCUACUCCUUUCCGAGUACGAGUUCACGUUGAACUCCAGGAAGCCAUUGGUCAAUCUGGAAGACGGUAUAGCGCUCACCCUGAUGCCAUUGGGAGUUAUAGAGCCCGGAAAUGAGGAGAGGGCGGUAUAAGCUGGAGGAUUAGGGCCACAAGAUCGGAACUGACAUAAGCUAAAUCUCUGGAUAGUAUAAUUAGGUGACAAGUUUUGUCUUAAGAAGAAAUUUGCUAUAACUUUCAAAAUUGUACGUACUAAACUAAAUUAGUAACUUAAAAAUGAUAAGGAA